UCUGUGCGCAGCUUGUAGACGUAGCGUUAGUAGUGUUAGAUGCAGCGCUUACAAGCAGCUCCGCGUGAAACCUCUGUUAGAAUAAAGAGACAUAUGAUUGCCUGGAAAUACUGCAAUUAAUUCCACUUUUUUUUUUUUUUUUUAACUUUUAAAUGACCAUGAGUAAGGUUGCAGCUCUGCAGAAAAAGAAGAGAAAAGAUUUUAUACCUUACUUUCUAGGAUUUGUAAUAUUUUUGUAUGGCACCAUUCAUCUUGUAUCAUUUACGGCAAACACAACUCAGGAAAGUCACUCUGUCAGGGUGCGUCGGGCUCUUGAGAACGAGACGGAGUGUAUUUCACCGCAGUCCUCCGAGUUCCCUGCAGGUUUCUUCACGGUGCAGGAGAGGAAGGAUGGAGGACUGGUCAUUUAUUUUAUGCUUAUUUUCUACAUGCUGCUGGCUGUGGCGAUAGUCUGUGAUGAUUACUUUCUGCCGUCCUUAGAAGUCAUCAGCGAACGUCUGGGACUGUCUCAGGAUGUAGCAGGAGCCACAUUUAUGGCAGCUGGGAGUUCAGCACCUGAACUGGUCACAGCCUUCCUGGGUGUGUUUGUGACAAAGGGGGACAUCGGGGUCAGCACCAUCGUGGGGUCAGCUGUCUACAACCUACUAGGAAUCUGUGCGGCCUGUGGACUCUUGGCCUCCAUGGCAGGGCGCCUCACCUGCUGGCCAUUGUUCAGGGACUGCUUGGCAUAUGGCAUCAGUGUUUCUGCUGUUAUUGCCAUCAUUUCUGAUAACAAAGUGUACUGGUAUGAUGCUGCCGCUCUGCUGCUGGUCUAUGGCGUCUACAUUGUGGUUCUGUGCUUUGACCUUCGCAUCAGUGAGUUUGUCCUGAGGAAGCUGAGCCCCUGCUGCACCUGCCUGGGUUCGGGCUCUGGCGAGAAGAUUGAGACACAGCCUCUGAUGGGCUGGAACGAAGACACCAGCCUGCGAGUCCACAGUCGCUCCAGGACGGACAGCGGCAUCUUCCAGGACGACUCGGGCUACUCCCACCUGUCCCUCAGCCUGCACGGCCUCAAUGAGAUCCCUGAAGAGCACAAAAGUGUGUUUGCUGUACCGGAGAGCGACCUGAAACGGAUCCUCUGGGUCCUGUCUCUGCCUGUCAUUACUCUGCUUUUCCUGACCAUCCCUGACUGCAGGAGAAGGUUCUGGAAGAGCUGGUUCAUGAUAACCUUCCUCAUGUCAGCUGUCUGGAUCUCAGCUUUCACAUACGUGCUGGUGUGGAUGGUCACUGUUGUCGGUGAGACCCUUGGCAUCCCUGAUACAGUUAUGGGGCUCACUUUGCUUGCUGCUGGAACCAGUAUACCCGACACCGUAGCCAGCGUGAUGGUGGCCAGAGAAGGGAAAGCUGACAUGGCAAUGUCCAACAUUGUGGGCUCCAAUGUUUUUGACAUGCUGUGCCUCGGUCUGCCUUGGUUCAUCAAAACUGCCUUUGUGGACACAAACAACCCUGUGGAGGUCAACAGCACUGGACUGGUCUUUAUUUCUUCCACACUUCUCCUCUCAAUAGUCUUCCUUUUUGUCGCCGUGCAUAUCAAUGGAUGGAAGUUGGACUGGAAGUUGGGAAUAGUUUCUCUCAUCUGCUACAUCCUUUUUGCCACUCUGUCCAUCCUGUAUGAGCUGGGGAUUAUUGGGAAUAAUCCUGUAAGACUGUGCAGUGACUGAGAUCUGACCUUUACAGGACUGAAGCCAUGUUUUCUGAGACUGUUAGUAGUCCAAAACCACAACAAAAAUGUUAAUCCUUUAAAUCUACAAAUGUCAAGACUAGGAGGCUUGGUCCCACUCACAUACUUUUAAGCAUAAUAUGCAAGAUGUGGCUGGUCAUAUCUCAGGAAGAGGAUUUAGUAAUAGAUUUCACCAAAGGACAUUCUUUAUACGGUUAUACCACAAUGAAGGCCCGCCAUCACAAAGUGAGAUGUCUCAAGGCUCACGAAUGGAAAACGUGCUGUCACAGGAGUAACUGCCGAGUUCAAAUGAAUCCCGUGUCAAGGAAUAAAGAUGUCAACUGAACUCA